UUGAUAUUUUGAUAUUUGGUUGUAAUACAUGAUUGAUAGGAUUUUGUUUCGGUUAAAUAAUCGGUUUUGUUUUUGGAAAAGUGUUUCAAUUGCGUGUCGAUCGUUUAUGUGAACUUUUCCUUUUCUACUUUUGUAAUUGGCCACGGGUUUCCCGCCGCUUGUAGUUUGCGCCCGUCGAUAAGCUAACGGGGCAUCGACCGGUCGUAGCUGGCAAGGGAGUGGUAGCCAUCACCACCAAUACACAACCAGGUUCCAACGAAUCGUGUGUAGUGCGUCGCGACCAUUGGUCUACAAUUUGUCGACCAAUCAUUGGGAAAGUGCAGACUAAAAUAUCCAAUGUAGAUUGGGGUUGAAGUCCUAGAUUCUAGUGAAAAAAAAAAAAUGAAGUUUUGGUGAAGAAAUUGAGAAUUGGCGAGCGUAUGAUAGACUAAAAUCCCAAAAUGCUGUUUCCUGUUUUAAUAACCAAGAAUCCAAAUUUCCUACCUUGUCUCGAGUUCCAGCAACAGACCUGAGGAUCAUUUUUAUUUUGAAACGUGGGCAAAAACGGUUAUUUAUUUAUCCCGUUAUCAAAUAUGUUCAACCCUUGUAUCAGCGACUUUUCGUCUCAAGCACCUUCUGACUGACCCUCCGACAGCCCCUCCAUCGAUGGAGCAAAUCGCCACGACCACCGACGGCCAAGUGGUCAUGCAAGCCGUUCAAGGCGUGAGCCCCCAGCAAGUCCAAGUCAUGCAGAUGAACACCGGUCAGGUCAUCCAAGGGGCCAAUGGGCAACAAAUCAUGGUGCAUGCCGUGCCCCAAAGCGGCCAAAUUCAAGUGGCCCCCGCCGGGGCUCAAAGCCUCCAACAGAUACAAGUCCUACCCGUGUCAAGUCUCCAGACAGCCCAAGGCCAAGUCCUUUUGCAGCAACCCCAGCAAGCCCAAAUCGUUCAUAGUUUGGACGGACAGACUUUUAUUUAUCAACCAGUGGCCAUCGAUAACACGACCUUGCAACAAGCGCAGCCUACAGUGUUGAAUAUCAAUGGGAGUCUGGUACAAAUUGCGAGUAGUCCCCCAGCGGCCGCCACCACGACUGCAGUCGCUCAGCCGGCGGUGACCUCCCCCUCGCAGACGGUGGUUCCACAGAUCGCCGCAGCUUCAGGAAACCAACUGACUAUGGCUAACGGCAAUUUAGUCAUGGUGAGAAAUACCGCAGACAUGGUGCCAGGGUCCAGUGGGACACAAUUCCAACGAGUGCCUAUUCCCGGAACAGCCGAAUUCUUGGAAGAGGAACCUCUCUACGUCAACGCCAAACAAUACAGGAGAAUAUUAAAAAGGCGACAAGCGAGGGCGAAAUUGGAGGCUGAAGGCAAAAUUCCAAAAGAGAGACCUAAAUAUUUGCACGAAUCACGACACAGACAUGCAAUGAAUCGGAUAAGGGGCGAGGGUGGCCGGUUUCACUCCGGUUCGGUUAAAAAAAGACGAGAGGAAAUGGAAAGACAACAACAGCAACAACAGUCGCAACAAAGGUCGAUUGGGGUUCCCUACAACAAUAUUGAACUCGCAACCCCUAUUAUAAUAGAAAAUGUGAUGCCUGAUAUAAUCAAAACUGAUCCGCUAUCGAUUGAAGGUAAUUAAGUUUAUUUGUAUAUUUUAGGACUUUUGUAAAUAGCUUUUUAAGUUUUUUAUUUUGUGUACAUAGUUAUUGUUAGGCAAUUUUUAGUGUCUAAUUCACAUAUCCAUGUCGUUUUUAUGUUUUAUACUUUCAACGUUGGACAAUUUGUAUUAACACAGUUUGACUGAUCUUGUAAUCAAUUUUGUUAAUAAAUUAUUUCAAUUU